CCCUGUACUCUCUAUGCUGUCUUUGCCACUGGCCUGAGAACACUACAUACCCACGACCCGUGCACAUAGCUUAGACAAAGCACAAUGGACUGGAGGGUUUUACUGCCUAUUUUGGGUUUGAUUGCCGCAAGUGCAGCACAAACCAAUUCAAGUAUUUCAACUACAACAAACACAACUUCAACAGGCCUGACUUCAAACAUGAGCUCACCCACAAACGCCUCCUCACCCCAGGGCCCAUCCUUCAAUGGCUCAUCAACAAACACAUCCACACCUCUGAGCCAAUCUAACAACUCAUCCACAAAUAUGUCCUUGCCCAUAAGUCCGCCCUUUAACAGCUCUUCAGCGAACACAACCUUGCCCCCAAGUUCAUUCACGAACAGCUCAUCCACAAACAUGUCCUCACCCCUGAUCCCAGCAGCCAAUAGCUCAUCAACAAAUCCAAACUCUUCCCAAAGCCUGUCGACAAACAACAGCUCAUCCACAAACACAUCCACACCCCAGGGCCUAUUCACCAAUGGGUCAUCAAUAAACACAUCCUCCCCCUUGAGUCCAUCACCCACAAAUACAUCCUUGCCACCAAACCCAUCCAUAAACAGUUCAUUGGUAAACUCAACCUUACCCCCAAAUCCAUCUACAAACAGCUCAUCCACAAACAUCUCCUUACCCCAGAGCCCAUCAACCAACAGCUCAUCAAUGAAUCCAACCUUGCCCCCAAGACUAUCCACAAACAACUCAUCCCCAAACACAUCCUUGGCACCCAGCCCAUCCACGAACAGCUCAUUCACAAACGUAUCCCCACCCUUGGGCUCAUCCAUAAAUGGCUCAUUAACGAACACACCCUCCCCCCUGAGCCCAUCUAACAACGCAUCCACAAAUUCAUCCUUGCCACCAAGCCCAUCUAUAAACAGUUUAUUGGCAAACACAACCUUGCCCCCAAAUUUAUCUACAAACAACCCAUCCACAAACACAUCCUUGGCACUUAGCCCAUCUACGAACAGCUCAUCUACAAACAUAUCCUCACCCCUGGGCCCAUCUAUAAAUGGCUCUUCAAACUCACCCUUCUCAAUGAGCCCAUUUAACAACUCAUCCACAAAUACAUCCUUGCCACCAAGCCCAUCCAUAAACAGCUCCUUAGUAAACACAACCUCACCCCAGAGUCCAUCCACCAACAGCUCAUCAAUAAAUCCAACCUUGCCCCCAAGACCAUCUACAAACAAUUCAUCCACAAACACAUCCUUGCCACCCAGCCCACCCACAAACAGCUCAUCCACAAACACAUCAUCACCCCAGGGCCCAUUCAUCAAUAGCUCAUUAACAAACACAUCCUCCACCCUGAGCCCAUCUAAUAACUCAUCCAUAAAUACAUCCUUGCCACCAAGCCCAUCCAUAAACAGCUCAUUGGCAAACACAACCUUGCCCCCAAAUCCACCUGCAAACAGCUCAUCCUCAAACACAUCUUCAUCCCCGAGUCCGUCUUCAAACACAUCUUUGGCAUCUAACCCCUCCACAAACAGCUCUUCCACAAACACAUUCUCACCCCAGGGCCCAUCGACCAACAGCUCGUCAAUAAAUUCAACUUCUCCCCCAAGUCCAUCCACAAACAACAGCUCAUUAAACACAUCUUCAUCCUUCAGCACAUCUACAAAUGGCUCUUCAACAAAUAUAUCUUCAUCCAACAGCUCAGCUCCAUACAGCGUCUUGACAAACACUUCUGAAGUAGCUGCAGUAUUCAGUUUAGUUUUUAGCAUUAAUGAAAACUUUGACCAGGCACUGGACGAUAGUAGCUCUCCACAGUUUAAGGCAAAAGUAACAAGUGUCCGUGAUCAGGUUGAGCCAUUAUACAGACGAACAAACCCAAACUUCAUUAGGAUGAACAUUUUUAACUUUAGGAACGGCUCUACUGUAGUAAAUUCCAGCCUUGAAUAUAGUGCAAACAGCACCAUCCCAACUAACUCCACAGUACAAGCCAUCCUCAUUAAUGCGACGAACACCAACUCAAGCUUAAACAUAAUUACAAAUACCAUAAGCGUCACUCAGGUUCCUGUAACAAACAGCUCAUCAACAAACCCAACUUUGGCUCCGAGCACAGCUGGAAACAGCUCAUUACCUAACACUUCAUCCAACACCACAGCUACAAAUAGCUCAUCAGCAAGCGUGCCUUCAUCCAACAGCACGGCUACCAACAGCUCAUCAACAACCACGCCUUCAUCCAACAGCACAGCUACUAACAGCUCAUCAACAACCACGCCUUCAUCCAACAGCACAGCUACUAACAGCUCAUCAACAACCACGCCUUCAUCCAACAGCACGGCUACCAACAGCUCAUCAACAACCACGCCUUCAUCCAACAGCACGGCUACCAACAGCUCAUCAACAACCACGCCUUCAUCCAACAGCACGGCUACCAACAGCUCAUCAACAACCACGCCUUCAUCCAACAGCACGGCUACCAACAGCUCAUCAACAACCACGCCUUCAUCCAACAGCACAGCUACCAACAGCUCAUCAACAACCACGCUUUCAUCCAACAGCACGGCUACCAACAGCUCAUCAACAACCACGCCUUCAUCCAACAGCACAGCUACCAACAGCUCAUCAACAACCACGCUUUCAUCCAACAGCACGGCUACCAACAGCUCAUCAACAACCACGCUUUCAUCCAACAGCACAGCUACCAACAGCUCAUCAACAACCACGCCUUCAUCCAACAGCACAGCUACCAACAGCUCAUCAACAACCACUCCUUCAUCCAACAGCACGGCUACCAACAGCUCAUCAACAACCACGCCUUCGUCCAACAGCACAGCUACCAACAGCUCAUCAACAACCACGCCUUCAUCCAACAGCACGGCUACCCACAGCUCAUCAACAACCACGCCUUCAUCCAACAACACGGCUACCAACAGCUCAUCAACAACCACGCCUUCAUCCAACAGCACAGCUACCCACAGCUCAUCAACAACCACGCCUUCAUCCAACAGCACAGCUACCAACAGCUCAUCAACAACCACGCCUUCAUCCAACAGCACAGCUACCCACAGCUCAUCAACAACCACGCCUUCAUCCAACAGCACAGCUACCAACAGCUCAUCAACAACCACGCCUUCAUCCAACAGCACAGCUACCAACAGCUCAUCAACAACCACGCCUUCAUCCAACAGCACAGCUACCAACAGCUCAUCAACAACCACGCCUUCAUCCAACAACACGGCUACCAACAGCUCAUCAACAACCACGCCUUCAUCCAACAGCACAGCUACCAACAGCUCAUCAACAACCACGCCUUCAUCCAACAGCACAGCUUCAAACAGCGUCUUGACAAACACAUCUUCAGUAGCUGCAGUAUUCAGCUUAGUUUUUAGCAUUAAUGAAAACUUUGACCAGGCACUGGACAAUAGCAGCUCUCCACAGUUUAAGGCAAAAGUAACAAGUGUCCGUGAUCAGGUUGAGCCAUUAUACAGACGAACAAACCCAAACUUCAUUAGGAUGAACAUUUUUAACUUUAGGAACGGCUCUACUGUAGUAAAUUCCAGCCUUGAAUAUAGUGGGAACAGCACCAUCCCAACUAACUCCGCAGUACAAGCCAUCCUCAUUAAUGCGACGAACACCAACUCAAGCUUAAACAUAAUUACAAAUACCAUAAGCGUCGCUCAGGUUCCUGUAACAAACAGCUCAUCAACAAACCCAACUUUGGCUCCGAGCACAGCUGGAAACAGCUCAUUACCCAACACUUCAUCCAACACCACAGCUACAAAUAGCUCAUCAGCAAGCGUGCCUUCAUCCAACAGCACGGCUACCAACAGCUCAUCAACAACCACGCCUUCAUCCAACAGCACAGCUACUAACAGCUCAUCAACAACCACGCCUUCAUCCAACAGCACAGCUACCAACAGCUCAUCAACAACCACGCCUUCAUCCAACAGCACAGCUACUAACAGCUCAUCAACAACCACGCCUUCAUCCAACAGCACAGCUACCAACAGCUCAUCAACAACCACGCCUUUAUCCAACAGCACAGUCACUAACAGCUCGUCAACAACCACGCCUUCAUCCAACAGCACAGUCACUAACAGCUCGUCAACAACCACGCCUUUAUCCAACAACACGGCUACUAACAGCUCAUCAACAACCACGCCUUCAUCCAACAGCACGGCUACUAACAGCUCUUCAACAACCACGCCUUCAUCCAACAGCACGGCUACCAACAGUUCGUCAACAACCACGCCUUCAUCCAACAGCACGGCUACCAACAGCUCAUCAACAACCACGCCUUCAUCCAACAGCACGGCUACCAACAGCUCAACAACAAGCAAGCCUUCAUCCAACAGCACGGUUACCAACAGCUCAUCAACAACCACGCCUUCAUCCAACAGCACGGCUACCAACAGUUCGUCAACAACCACGCCUUCAUCCAACAGCACGGCUACCAACAGUUCGUCAACAAACACGCCUUCAUCCAACAGCACGGCUACCAACAGUUCGUCAACAACCACGCCUUCAUCCAACAGCACGGCUACUAACAGCUCAUCAACAACCACGCCUUCAUCUAACAGCACGGCUACUAACAGCUCAUCAACAACCACGCCUUCAUCCAACAGCACAGCUACCAACAGCUCAAGCAAGCCUUCAUCCAACAGCACGGCUACCAACAGCUCAUCAACAAACACGCCUUCAUCCAACAGCACGGCUACUAACAGCUCAUCAACAACCACGCCUUCAUCCAACAGCACGGCUACCAACAGCUCAAGCAAGCCUUCAUCCAACAGCACGGCUACCAACAGCUCAUCAACAACCACGCCUUCAUCCAACAUCACGGCUACCAACAGCUCAUCAACAACCACGCCUUUAUCCAACAGCACAGCUACUAACAGCUCGUCAACAACCAUGCCUUCAUCUAACAGCACGGCUACCAACAGCUCAACAACAAACACACCUUCAUCCAACAGCACAGCUACCAACAGCUCAAGCAAGCCUUCAUCCAACAGCACGGCUACCAACAGCUCAUCAACAACCACGCCUUCAUCUAACAGCACAGCUAGUAACAGCUCAACAACAACCACGCCUUCAUCUAACAGCACAGCUAGUAACAGCUCAACAACAACCACGCCUUCAUCUAACAGCACAGCUAGUAACAGCUCAACAACAAGCACAACCUCAUCCACCAGCACCACUUCUACCAGCUCAACAACAAGCACGCCUUUAGUGCCUCCAGAUACAACUGCAAUUUUUAACUUGAUCUUCAGCAUAACAGAAACCUUCAAUCCAGCGCUAGCCGAUAACAACUCUCCACAGUUUUCAGCAAAGGUUAUGAAUAUUCGUAAUCAGGUUGAACCAGUAUUCAAGAAAGCCUAUAAAAACUUCCUCAUCAUGCGCAUUUUUAAUUUCUGGAGCGGUUCUACUGUGGCAAACACCACUUUAUAUUUCAAUUCGAAUGGCUCAAACGUUACUAGCACCCAAAUUUCAGACACCUUUAGAAGUGGAAUUAACAACUACAAUUUUACUGUAAACUCCUUUAAUGUCACUCAGGUUUUAGGUAAUUCUAUGCCGCCAGUGAUUGCCAGCUCAGUUUCCAUGAUAUGGAUGUCUCUUCUAUCACUUCUGAUUUCCCUGCACUUGUAGCUCCAGAUCCAAUUAUAAAACAUAAACAAACAUAUAUAUGAUCCUCAUAUAUAAUUCAUGAAAGAAAAAAUAUAUAUUUUUUGCCAUAAGCCAAAUAUCUUUAGAAAAGAAUGCAAAAAAUAUAUAUUUUGAAUUGUUGAUACUGGAGACUUAAUGAGGGUUCGGAUUUGCCUGAACAAUUCUCCACAUUCUAUAACAAAUAAAUAAAUAAACAAAUAUACUUUAUUUAAAUGCAUUGAAUUUCUUUAAAACUAUUGCAUAAAAAUUUUUAUAAAUCAUUGUUGUUCUAUUCAGCAUAAUUUAUAAACAUUUAAAUCUAUAUCUAACUCUACUUAUUACUGUUUAUGUCUAUAUGUUUAUGCACAGUGAUUAAUGUAUGUAUGAAAAUAAAGCUUUGCACACCUU